GUUCUUCUCUGAGUAACCAUGUUGGCCAGAGUCCUGCAGCCCUGUACAAGAACCAGGAAGAGUCUGCUAAGAUGGAGUGUUCACAUAGAGUACCAAACUAUAACACCAUCCUCUGGUACAAACAAGAUGGACAUAGACAGUUAAUACUUCUGGGAUACAUGAUUGGGGGUUCAGGAUUCACUGAGGCUGGAUUUGAUAUAGCUUUGGAAGGAGAUGCUAAUGCAGGUGCCACCAGCACCUUAACCAUCAGAGAGCUAACUCCAGAUAGCAGUGCUGUGUAUUACUGUGCUGCUAGCUAACACAGUGCAUCAGAUCUCCCUCUCUGCUCUACAACAACCCUCCUCCCCGAUAUGCUGUCAGAAUCCUCACACCUGCGUUGUCACACUGUAACCGACUCUCAGUCGGUGCCAACACGCUCACCAGCCGGCCCAUUACAAAGGGGAGGUUCCCUCUGAUGGCACAUUCAGGAGACCAUGACAUGUUAUUGAUAUGAUAUCAUGUAUUUCCUGUAGGUGGAGUCACAGCUCAACCAAUCCAUGUGGUGUUAUGAUAUGAUAUCAUGUCUUUCCUGUAGGUGGAGUCACAGCUCAACAAAUCCAUGUGGUGUUAUGAUAUGAUAUCAUGUCUUUCCUGUAGGUGGAGUUACAACUCAAGAAAUCCAUGUGGUGUUAUGAUAUGAUAUCAUGUCUUUCCUGUAGGUGGAGUAACAGCUCAAGAAAUCCAUGCGGUGUUAUGAUAUGAUAUCAUGUCUUUCCUGUAGGUGGAGUCGCAGCUCAACCAAUCCAUGCGGUGUUAUGAUAUGAUAUCAUGUCUUUCCUGUAGGUGGAGUCACAGCUCAACCAAUCCAUGCGGUGUUAUGUAUUUAGUUACUUGCUGUCCAGCUACAAUGGGUUAAUGGGGUUUCAGAGGUCACAGUUGAGACUGUUUAGAGUGAUCAAAGUUGAUAGUAAAGACACAAACGUUCAUCGGUGUCCAGCUGUCAUUACUACUAAAUGAGAGAUGGAAUACAUGGAUUCAGGAGAUGCAGAACCACAAUGUACUUUGCUAUGAGUGUGAGAGAGGCGGAGAGAGAGGCGGAGAGAGAGAGGCGGAGAGAGAGGCGGAGAGAGAGGCGGAGAGAGAGAGGCGGAGAGAGAGGCGGAGAGAGAGGCGGAGAGAGAGAGGCGGAGAGAGAGGCGGAGAGAGAGAGGCGGAGAGAGCAGGCGGAAGAGACAGGCAGAGAGAUAGAGGCGGAGAGAGAGAGCGGAUCGAGAGUCAGAGAGGAGAGGCGGAGGGAAAGGGGGGAGAGAGUUUUAAAAGGGGAAAAAGAGAGAGGGGAGAGAGCGAGAGAAAGGGGGAGCACAGAGGGGGAGGAAGAAAAACAAGGGAAGAGGAGGAGAGGGAAAGAGAGCCCCAGAAGGAGGGGAGAGAAGAGGGGAGAGAGAGGAAGGGGGAAAAAAAAGGGGGAGAGGGGGCGAAGGGGGGGGAAGAGAGAGGGGGAGGGAGAAGGACCCGGAGAGAAGGGGGAAAGGGGAAAGGAGAGAGAGGAGGCAGGGAGAGAGGGCGGGGGAGGGGCGGGGAAUAGAGGGGGAAGGGGAGAGGAGGGAGAGAGAGAAGGAGGAAAGAAAAGAGAGAGGAGGAGAAGAGAGGAAGAGGGCAGGAGGGGGAGAGAGGAGGAGGAGAGAGAGAGGAGGAGAGAGGGAGAGAGAGCGGACGAGAGAGGGCGGAGAGAGAGGGAGGAGAGAGGCGGAGAGAGAGAGGCGGAGAGACCGAGAGGAGACGGAGAGAGAGGAGGAGAGAGAGAGAGGGAGGAGAGGCGGAGAGAGGAGAGAGAGGAGGGAGAGAGCGGCGGAUAGAGGCAGAGAGAGCGGAGAGAGGAGGGAGGGGGAGGAGGAGGGAGAGUGAGAGGAGAGAGGCGGAGGAGAGGGAGAGAGGAGGAGAGAGCGGAGAGAGAGAAGAGAGGCAUGGAGAGAGAGGAGAGAGGCGGGUGGAGAGGAGAGAGAAGAGGCGGAGGAGAGGAGAGAGCGGAGGAGAGGAGGAGAGGAGGAGGGAGAGAGGCGGAGAGAGAGGCGGAGAGAGAGAGGCGGAGAGAGAGGCGGAGAGAGAGGAGGAAGGCGGAGAGAGAGAGGCGGAGAGAGAGAGGCGGAGAGAGAGGCGGAGAGAGAGAGGCGGAGAGCUGGACACAUUCAGAAGACGACGCAACUUCCUCCAUACCUAGUUCUUUUGAAUGUUCACCGACAGUCAGUGCUGUGCUAAGAAUGUAUCACUGCUGGAUAUUUUUAGCUACAGUAUCAAAAUGGAUCUUGUUCCUUUUUGUGUUCUUGCUCACAGGUUAGAGAUUGUCUAAAAUAAUCUAAAAUUCUGUAUAUUUCCUUUAUGAAUGACUAGAGUAUAACACCUCUCUCUACUCUUUUGAAGAAAAGUGGUUGUCCUACUGGCUAUCAUAAGUUGAAUGCCCCUAUUUGUGAGUCGCUCUGGAUAAGAGCGUCUGCUAAAUGACGUAAAUGUAAAUGUACAGUAUAACAGAUCUCUCUCUCUCUCUCCUCUUCUGUAACAGGGGAACUCCUCUGUUCCAGUGUUCUCCAGUCUCCAGCUUCAGUGUUUCAGAGUUCUGGAGAAACUGAAAAACCAUACUGUGGUAUCAGCAGGUGUUAACAGACUCUCCCCAGUACUACACCAUACUGUGGUAUCAGCAGGUGUUAACAGACUCUCCCCAGUACAGCACCAUACUGUGGUAUCAGCAGGUGUUAACAGACUCUCCCCAGUACAGCACCAUACUGUGGUAUCAGCAGGUGUUAACAGACUCUCCCCAGUACUACACCAUACUGUGGUAUCAGCAGGUGUUAACAGACUCUCCCCAGUACUACACCAUACUGUGGUAUCAGCAGGUGUUAACAGACUCUCCCCAGUACUACACCAUACUGUGGUAUCAGCAGGUGUUAACAGACUCUCCCCAGUACUACACCAUACUGUGGUAUCAGCAGGUGUUAACAGACUCUCCCCAGUACAGCACCAUACUAUGGUAUCAGCAGGUGUUAACAGACUCUCCCCAGUACUACACCAUACUGUGGUAUCAGCAGGUGUUAACAGACUCUCCCCUUUACAGCACCAUACUGUGGUAUCAGCAGGUGUUAACAGACUCUCCCCAGUACUACACCAUACUGUGGUAUCAGCAGGUGUUAACAGACUCUCCCCAGUACUACACCAUACUGUGGUAUCAGCAGGUGUUAACAGACUCUCCCCAGUACAGCACCAUACUGUGGUAUCAGCGGGUGUUAACAGACUCUCCCCAGUACUACACCAUACUGUGGUAUCAGCAGGUGUUAACAUACUUAUUUUCCACCAUAAUUUGCAAAUAAAUUCAUUAAAAAUCCUACAAUGUGAUUUUCUGGAUUUUUUUUCCUCAAUUUGUCUGUCAUAGUUGACGUGUACCUAUGAUGAAAAUUACACUCAGAGAUCACACUGGAAGACAGGGCUGUGUAUUGAACAUCUCAGAGAUCACACUGGAAGACAGGGCUGUGUAUUGAACAUCUCAGAGAUCACACUGGAAGACAGGGCUGUGUAUUGAACAUCUCAGAGAUCACACUGGAAGACAGGGCUGUGUAUUGAACAUCUCAGAGAUCACACUGGAAGACAGGGCUGUGUAUUGAACAUCUCAGUGAUCACACAGGAAGACAGGGCUGUGUAUUGAACAUCUCAGAGAUCACACUGGAAGACAGGGCUGUGUAUUGAACAUCUCAGAGAUCACACUGGAAGACAGGGCUGUGUAUUGAACAUAUCAGAGAUCACACUGGAAGACAGGGCUGUGUAUUGAACAUCUCAGAGAUCACACUGGAAGACAGGGCUGUGUAUUGAACAUCUCAGAGAUCACACUGGAAGACAGGGCUGUGUAUUGAACAUAUCAGUGAUCACACUGGAAGACAGGGCUGUGUAUUGAACAUCUCAGAGAUCACACUGGAAGACAGGGCUGUGUAUUGAACAUCUCAGUGAUCACAAUGGAAGACAGGGCUGUGUAUUGAACAUCUCAGUGAUCACACAGGAAGACAGGGCUGUGUAUUGAACAUCUCAGAGAUCACACUGGAAGACAGGGCUGUGUAUUGAACAUCUCAGAGAUCACACUGGAAGACAGGGCUGUGUAUUGAACAUCUCAGAGAUCACACUGGAAGACAGGGCUGUGUAUUGAACAUAUCAGAGAUCACACUGGAAGACAGGGCUGUGUAUUGAACAUCUCAGAGAUCACACUGGAAGACAGGGCUGUGUAUUGAACAUCUCAGAGAUCACACUGGAAGACAGGGCUGUGUAUUGAACAUAUCAGUGAUCACACUGGAAGACAGGGCUGUGUAUUGAACAUCUCAGAGAUCACACUGGAAGACAGGGCUGUGUAUUGAACAUCUCAGUGAUCACAAUGGAAGACAGGGCUGUGUAUUGAACAUCUCAGUGAUCACACAGGAAGACAGGGCUGUGUAUUGAACAUCUCAGAGAUCACACUGGAAGACAGGGCUGUGUAUUGAACAUCUCAGAGAUCACACUGGAAGACAGGGCUGUGUAUUGAACAUCUCAGAGAUCACACUGGAAGACAGGGAUGUGUAUUGAACAUCUCAGAGAUCACACUGGAAGACAGGGCUGUGUAUUGAACAUCUCAGAGAUCACACUAGAAGACAGGGCUGUGUAUUGAACAUCUCAGAGAUCACACUGGAAGACAGGGCUGUGUAUUGAACAUCACAGAGAUCACACUGGAAGACAGGGAUGUGUAUUGAACAUCUCAGAGAUCACACUGGAAGACAGGGCUGUGUAUUUCUGUGCAGACAGUUUGACACAGUACUGAAAACCUCUCAAACCCCUUGCUAUGAUCCAGUUGAAUCAUUAUCUGUACUGAUGCUCAUUCAAACCACCUGGCUGCUUAACACCACUGUAAAUGCCUGUACUGUAGGAUGUGAACAGCUGAAAUCAUUUGUAGGGUGUGAGUCCCAAAUUGCACCCUAUGGGUCAUGGUCAAAAGUAGUGCACUAUUUAGGGAAUAGGGUGCCAUUUGGGAUCCAUUUGUGACGCACAAUUUCUGUUUUGUUUCAAAGUGGGAGGAACCAUUACUGUAAUUCCCAUGCUUGGAAUGUGAUGUCAUACUGUUUAAUAUCUUCCUCCCUGGUGAGUUCAGAAUGACUCUCUGAUGUUGUCCUUGUUGACAGAACAUGUUCCGAUUUCUCAUCCCAUUCUCUGUCUCACUUAUUUGUCUCACAGGUAAUAACAUUGGUCUAGGAAAUUAUGACAAGUAUGAGAGUUUUUGUGUACGUAUGUUUCAAUUUUUUAAACAUCUAUUUAUAUAAAAGUAGCUAAAUGUGUUCUCUCCAUCUCUCCAUUUUCUCCCCAGGUCUCUCUCUCAGUCUUGAGGUUCACCAGACUCCAUCUGAAGUCUUUCUUAAAAAUGGAGAAAAUGUUCAACUGUUCUGCCAUCAUGAGAGAACUAACUACAGAAUGAUGCAGUGGUUCCAGCAGUCACCAGGAGAAACAGAACUAAAAUACCUAGCUUAUUUAUAUUUCAAGUCUACAACCUCAUACUUUGAAGAGCAUCUAAACGUGACUGGUGAUUUGAGUCAAAAUGAACCAAAGAACGCUUCUCUGAACAUGUUCAACCUUAAAGGUCCCAAACACAGUGCAGUGUAUUUCUGUGUUGCGAGCCAAGGUGCUGCACAGUGUCGUAGAUUCCCUCUCUCCACUACAAAAACCCAGUGUGACACAGUCUGUCUCACUGCAGUCUACUGUUUAUCAGAUCACACCUGCAUUGAGAUCUGGAUUUGAUUCAGUGCCAAUAUUCUACAACCACAGAAUGAGUAGAUCGGGCCUCCCCAUUCAAGUCAAUGAUGCCAUACACGGGUGGACUGGGCAGCCAUCCUUUCUAGAGAUUCUACUUCUACGACUGUGACAGCGUUCUGUCAUUACAACACUGAUGAUGUCACUUCCUGUUCCUCCUCCGCUGCAGUCAGAAUCAGAUGAGAUGAGCUGUCAGUUGGUCGUUGGUUGUUCAGCUCAAACGUGUCAACAUGAUCAGAGCCCUCGUACUCUGUUGGCUCACAGGUUAAUAACAUUAAUCUGACUUGGAUAUUAUCACUUGUUUAGAUGUAUGGUAGUAUGGGCACUAUGAUUGAUUGAUUGUCGUACACCAAUUGGUGUCCAGCCCUAUGUGGGUUUAUAAGACACUAUUUCUUCAAGUACUAUGUAUGUUAAUUCCUUAUCGAUGCUCGUGAAAGAUAAUGUCUUCUCUCCAUCUCUCUCCAGGUCUCUCUCUCAGUGUUGAGGUUCACCAGAUUCCCUCUGCAUUCAGCAGACCUGGAGAGAAUGUUCAACUCUUUUGCCACCAUCAGAAAUCAGAAUAUGGAAUGAUGCUGUGGUACCAGAAAUCACCUGGUGAAACCAGCCUAAAACUCAUAGGAAAUCUGUAUUUUCUGACUACAACCAUUGAAAGUCCAUAUGAAAAGCAUUUCAAUAUGAGUGGGGAUUUGAGUGGAGGUGGCCCAAAGAAUGCCUCUCUGAACAUGUUCAACUUGAGACGACCUGAUCACAGUGCUGUGUAUUUCUGUGCUGCUAGUGGAGCACAGUGUUGCAGAUUCCGUCUCUACACUACAAAAACCUCCUCUCAUUCACUGUCUCAGUGGAUUAUACUGAAGCAACACCUCCCUCACAGCUGCACUGAGGUCUGGAUUUGAUUCAGUGCCAAUAUAAUAGAAUAUAACAGUACAGCUGGCUGUCACGCUGCAUUCUGUCAUUACAUCACUGAUGAGGUCACUUCCUGGCCCUCCUCUCCACUCAGUUCAGAUGAGAUGUCAGUUAGUUUUCAACAAUCAUUGAGAGUCAACAUGUACAAACCUCUGAUCGUUAUCACUGUCCCACUCUUCUGGAUCACAGGUAAUUUAGCUACAGUUAUUUACUAGUUCCCUCAAAUACUUAAAGGAAAGUGUAACAAUAUGUAUAUAUUUGGAGAAGGAGAGAGAGAGGGAGGGGAAGUUAUAAAGAGAGAGCGAGAAGGAGUGAAAGAGAGACAGACAGAGAGAGGUCGGGCAGAGCAUGUAUCUGCCAAUCAACGUCACUGUGAUGAUGUAAUUUCCCUUGUCUGGGUCUGUGUGAAGCUUUACACAGAUUAGCUGCUCUCUCUGUAGUGUUGACAGUCAACAUGAUCCUCACUGUCUGUUUGGUAUCACUAUGUCUCACAGGUAAGACUAUAAUAAUAUUUUGAGAUACCAGACAUUUCAUUGUCAUGGAGGGCAUCGGUGUUUGCUAGCAAUUGUAUCUAAUCUGGAUACAUGAAAAACCUAUUGACAAUGAAUUCAUAGGUCAACUUAGAUUCACAUACAUUUGAUCAUCUCCUCUCUUCCACCUCCUCUUCCACCUCCUCUUCCUCAUCCUCUUCCACCUCCUCCUCUUCCUCGUCAUCUUCCUCAUCAUCUUCCUCAUCAUCCUCUUCCUCUUCCUCAUCAUCUUCCUCAUCCUCUUCAUCAUCCUCUUCCUCUCCUCUUCCUCCUCCUCUUCCUCAUCCUCUUCGUCUCCUCUUCCUCCAUAUUUUGUUUGUUUUCUUCCAAAUAAAGAGUCAUUUUUCUUCAUUACUUAUAGCUUAUCUUCUUCUGUCACUGUACCAAUAACUUAUAUUACUGUAUCAAUAACUUCUGUUACUGUAUCAAUAACUUCUGUUCCUGUAUCAAUAACUUCUGUUCCUGUAUCAAUAACUUCUGUUCCUGUAUCAAUAACUUCUGUUCCUGUAUCAAUAACUUAUGUUCCUGUAUAAAUAACUUAUGUUCCUGUAUAAAUAACUUAUGUUCCUGUAUAAAUAACUUAUGUUCCUGUAUAAAUAACUUAUGUUCCUGUAUCAAUAACUUAUGUUCCUGUAUCAAUAACUUCCAUCUGAUACAGCAGAGAGCAGUAAUGUCACACUGUACUGUAGGUAGCUACACCAGCUAUAAGCUCCUCCCUCUUCAGAACAAAGACUCACUACACCCCUCCCUUCCUCCCUCCUCUCCCCCCUCCCCUCCUUCUCUCCUCCCCUCCCACAUGACCUGCCCACCAGAAGUACAUACCUCCUAUACAAGGCUGCUAUGAGCUAGGCAGUACAUCAUGUCCAUGUAACGUGCAGUUAAACUGUAGUGGAAAUAAAUGACAUCCUUCUCAUUUUUCUAUUGGUAAUAUUUGGUGAAUUAUCGUUGAGUUCCUAUCUCAGCCUUUCUUAGCAUCUGCUGCACUAAAAAAUCAACAUGUUCAAAGUAUUUACCACCUUCAUCGUUUCACUGUCCUUUCUGACAGGUAAGUGCCACAGAGAUACAGUAUAUCCACUGUUAUAAUAUAAUAUAAUAUAAUAUAAUACAGUGUUUCCUCCCUCGGUAGAGGAGGUUUUCUCCUCCUCUCUCCUCAUCCACCAGACUCCUCAACACCUCCUGAGGAGGACACCUGAACACAGAGAGGCUCGCCUGGACUGUUACCACGGCGACAACAACUACCCCUACAUGUUGUGGUACCAACAGAAGGACAAGGGAGGCCAGAAGACCAUGGACCUCAUUGGAACGCUACACUAUGUAAACCCUGCUCUCGAGAAGAACUAUGAGACGCGGUUCAACUUAACAGGUCAUUCCAAGGCCAAAGCCACCCUGGUUAUCUCUGACAUAAACCCUACAGACAGUGCAAUCUAUUACUGCGCAGCCAGUCAGCACGGUGCUGAAAAUUCAGUGCCUCAC